AGAUUGGCAUUUUAUCGUUCCUUUUGAUUGCUCCACAAGAUGUCUGUUAACAACAACAGGGAGAGAAGACUCUCCCUUUCGUCAGGGUCACCUUCGGUCGGUGAGGAGCUGAUGCUGCCUAUAGGAAGAAGGGGUCAGUCGGCAGAAAAGGAGGAUAGCAAUGCGCUCCUACCUAUUGUAUCGAGGACUUCACAACAGUAUUUGAAGCAGGCGAUUGAAUCUCACGAGGGUUCCAGUGGCUCGACAAUCGCUGAUUCGGUUGGUGAUGCAGACGAGGAGGAAGAGGCUAUGAUAGCAUCCCUAUAUUCCGACCCAGCAGCAUCGGGUGACAAGACGGCCCGACGGGCAUCAUCGACCUUCCUCCUGACGGGCUUACCCCAGGAAUUCGGGUGCAUCUCGACUGACACAGAGGACUCCUCUUCGGGGCGGGUCGCAGCAGCCCCCAAGAGGGUGAGAUUCGGUUGCCGGUCGCCACGUACGGUUAUGGUAAAGAACGACUCUUCUGGGGAGUUGUCGAGGAGAACUACCAACGUGCUGCGGCGGUAUCGGUCAUCCUCGGUCAUUACGGUGGUGCACGUAUAUGAUGAUGUUGCUGUUUAUGACCCUGCUGCUGCUGAGGAGGAGGAGGGGGAGGGCUUCAACGAGAGCAUGUUCCUUGAUGAGGAGGAGGAGGAGUCUUCAGAUGGAGCAGAAGAGGAAGAGGAGACUCCUACGCCCCCAAGGGUCUUCCGUCGCGCCCAAUCGGCGCCUGCAAAUGUCCUCAUACAUUCAGAUGUCGUUGUUGCAGCCCUAUUGUCCCCAAUACGGCGCUCUACUCCAUGUGAUCCUUCAUCACCGUGUCGGACCAUCACUUGUGGUAUCGACAGACACGUGCUACCAGGUAGACGUCAUUCCGUUGGGGAGGUCAUUCGGAGGUCUAUUGAGGAGGGGGGGAAGAGGAAUCCUUUCCUGAUGGCUGCUAUGGAGGAGAACCGACCGACGUACUGGCGACGCCGCCACGUGUCUUGUGCGAUUCACUCAUAAAUGAUUUCACCAUAGUGUUGUUUAGUUAUCCUUGUUUAGCCGUGUAAAGCCAUUGGUUUUUGGCCGCCUGGCUUUCUCCUGUUCUAUACCAAAUUUUUCGCAACUUAUCAUCGUCGUUGCUACCCGUGCUGCCCUACUGCACGUCAGAGCAACUACUGACAGUGUUUGUAUUUAGUGGCUUUAACGGUUGUAGUACUACGGUAAGAGGAGUGCUGUGGAAAGUGCUGUAAUAAUAGUAGUUAUAGAUCUAUAUUUGUGUUAUACUGCGGUCGUAUUACCAUGAGCAGUGGAUGUGUGUCCUUCCCACUGGUCGUAGUCACUGCCGCCGCUCCCUUUCUCCUCCAUAAUCAUUGAGGAGAUCAUCUCUGUAUCAAUAGUCGUCAUCCUACUACUACCUCUUAGAGGAGUCGUCGGUUUCCUUUCCCUGGGAAUUCUGCUCAGCCGAAUGUCCUUCUAGUAUACGACGAUUCCCCUUAUUAAAACGGCGCAGUAGUCCACAUCUCUGCCGUCUACCCACGUCCUCAUUGUUAUCUGUUUAGAAUAGUAGUCUUCACCUUAAGUGUCAUAAUAACGAUGCCGUAGUGUCGGUGGCUACUUGCCUAGUAGGCUGGCCGGUCACUACUCUCUGGUUCUGCAGCCCCUUGCCGAAGAAUUCUGCUUGACUGAAGACUGCCCUACUGUUGUUCUCUGUAACAUCGUCGUCAUCAGCC